CUAACCACUACUAAUCAGAAAACAUCGUAUAUACAUACAUACAGGAUAAUUAUUGCCUGCAAUUUUAUUCUGGCGGAAGUUUGUAGGCAUUCGUUUUUAUUUUCGUAUCAUCAUAGGGAGACGAGUAGUAAAUUUGCCUGCAUUGGAUUGAAUGGUCAUAUAGUCCCCGCGAAAUCACUAAAAAAAAGACUGAUACCAUUACAUUUGUUACUUCGAAUUCGGAAAUGAUCAUACAAAUUAGUAACGAUCUAAUAAAAUAAGAAGUGCUUUACGAAAACGUUUGCAAUUUCAAAAAUACAUAAAAUUGUGGAUAUAAUGCCGUUGGCAACUCUAACGGCUCCUUGGACAGAGCAUCAUACAAAUGAAAAGCAAAGUAUGGAAAUUCUUCCGGCUGAAAAUCAAGAAGAAACAACUCCAGGAAAUUUAAUUGAAAGAUCAAAUGGUUGCUCGGAAUCUCAUGAAAUUGAAGUACGUGACAUGACAAGGGAUGGUUACGAAAAAGCUGAACCUUCUCACUUUGAAUUACUAAAAGUCCUUGGCCAAGGAUCUUUUGGCAAGGUAUUUUUAGUAAGAAAGGUCGUUGGAAAAGAUAAUGGGACUUUAUACGCUAUGAAAGUCUUAAAGAAGGCGACUUUAAAAGUUCGCGAUAGAGUCAGAACCAAAAUGGAGAGAAACAUAUUGGUGGAUGUGGAACACCCAUUUAUCGUUGGACUGCAUUAUGCGUUCCAAACCGAAGGAAAACUUUAUUUAAUUCUAGAUUUUUUAAGAGGUGGUGAUCUCUUUUCCAGAUUGUCUAAAGAGGUAAUGUUUACAGAAGAUGAUGUUAAAUUUUAUUUGGCUGAGCUAGCACUCGCAUUGGAUCAUAUACAUAAACUCGGAAUUAUUUAUCGGGAUUUGAAGCCCGAAAAUAUAUUGUUGGAUACAGAAGGACAUAUAUCUUUAACGGAUUUUGGCUUAAGCAAACAACCUUUAGACGAUUCGAAAGCAUAUUCAUUUUGUGGCACUGUUGAAUAUAUGGCACCGGAAAUUGUCAACAGAAAAGGACACACUUUUACAGCGGAUUGGUGGAGUUUUGGUGUCUUAAUGUUUGAAAUGCUGACAGGCGCACUACCGUUCCAAGGUGCUAAUCGUAAAGAAACGAUGACGCAAAUUUUGAAAGCUAAACUUGGAAUGCCACACAAUCUUUCAUCAGAAGCGCAAGCACUUUUGAGAGUAUUGUUCAAGAGAAAUCCAGUAAAUCGCCUUGGAUCUGGUGGAGUGGAAGAAAUUAAAAAUCAUAUUUUCUUUGCUACCAUUGAUUGGGAUGCUCUUUAUAAAAAGGAAAUAAAACCGCCAUUUAAGCCAGCUGUUAGGGAAGAUGAUGCGUUUUACUUUGAUAACGAAUUUACCUGUAAAACACCUAAAGAUUCUCCCGGAGUACCACCUAGUGCAAACGCUCACGAAUUAUUUCGCGGAUUCAGUUUUGUUGCACCAUGUUUACUCGCGGAUGCGGAUCACGUUAUGUCUUCCGAAUAUAGAAAUUACGAUAACAUUAGUGCCAUUUUUCCGGCUUAUGUUAAUCCUGUUUCUAUAACUGACGAAUAUGAAUUUAAACACGAAAUUGGCAGAGGAAGCUACAGUGUGGUAUACUUGGCUAUUCAUAUAGCAUCCAAAAUGGAAUAUGCUGUAAAGGUGAUUGAGAAAUCGAAACGAGAUUCGACGGAGGAAAUAGAAAUUCUAUUACGAUACGGCAGGCAUCCCCAUAUUGUAACAUUGAGAGCGGUUCAUGAAGACGAUAAACGAGUAUAUCUUGUAUUAGAACUUUUACGCGGUGGCGAACUCCUCGAUCGUUUACUACAGAGACGAAAUUUUACCGAAAGAGAAGCCGCUGAAGUCAUUUACACUGUUACAAGUGUGGUACAUUAUCUUCAUGAAAACGGAGUUGUUCAUAGAGACUUGAAGCCAUCAAAUAUCCUUUAUUCAAAACCUGGUGGUGACCCAACGACGCUUUGUAUAUGUGAUCUUGGUUUUGCGACACAAUUACGAGCAGAGAACGGUUUGCUAAUGACGCCUUGUUACACAGCCAACUUUGUAGCACCCGAAGUGUUGAAACGCCAAGGAUAUGACGCAGCGUGUGACAUUUGGUCACUUGGAGUUUUGCUAUACAUCAUGUUAGCUGGGUAUACACCUUUCCGUAAUAAUCCAGGAGAUAGUGCAAACGAUAUAUUAGAUCGUAUUGGUUCAGGAUACAUAGAUGUGGAAAGUGGGAUAUGGUGUCAUAUUUCCAGUGAAGUUAAAGAACUGGUUAAAAGAAUGUUGCACUUGGAUCCUACUCGAAGACCUACAGCGGCUAUGAUUUUAAAAUAUUCAUGGAUUGUAAAUCGACAUCGCAUUCCUCCAAAAGUAUUGCCGGAUGGGCCGGAUGUUAUCAAAGAUCCACAUAGCCUGAAGAUGGCAGUUGCAGAAACAUACAAAGUAAUAGCAAGUAGUCCGAGAUCGCCACACAUUGGUCCAGUUGUUAUGUCCGAAUUGGCACGUCGUAGAACACGAGGCAAAUCUAGUGGUCUCACCCAAGUUUAACUUUAACAUCUGUUGAUAGAUUUAACUUUUAUCUCAUAGUGGAGAAAUUUAGGAUUACAAAAUCAUGUUAAAAGUACAAGCAAAAGUAGUUUAAAGUGCCCAUAUUGUAAAUAAUGUUCACAUAUCAUCGUGCAAAGUAUAUAACAGAACGUUUAUGACAGUGAA